CACCCCCCCCCCCCCCCCCCAAAAAAACCGAUCCCACCACCCCUCUUGCCAUUACCACCUUCGCCUUUUGUCCUAACUUGUCAGAAAAACAAACAAAAAACACAGCUCAUUAUGAAGACCACAACAACAACAACUAGUAGUAGUAGUAAUAUUCUUUUCUUCAUUCUUUUGCACCUCUUUCUGGUACUCACUUGUCACCGGAACUUAGCUUCCGCUGCUGGGGGCAAAUGGAAUUUACUAAUGUCAAACAUCGGCAUUUCUGCCAUGCACAUGCAAGUCCUCAACAACGACAAAGUCAUCAUGUACGAUCGUACUGAUUUUGGCAAGUCCAACAUCUCGUUGCCCGAUGGAAAAUGUCGUUACGACCAAAAUGAUACCACGUUAAAAGUCGAUUGCACUGCCCAUUCUGUCGAGUACAAUGUUGCCAACAACUCUAUACGUCCCCUCAUGGUCCAAACUGAUGUUUGGUGCUCCUCGGGCGCUGUAUUCCCCGAUGGUUCGUUAGUCCAAACUGGUGGAUUCAAUGAUGGUGACAAAGUUGUUCGAGUUUUCAAACCAUCUAAUACUAGUAAUAAUGCAAGUACUACUUGUGAUUGGCAAGAAAUUCCAGAUGGAUUAGUUCAAAGAAGAUGGUAUGCUACAAAUCAUAUAUUGCCAGAUGGUACACAAAUUGUUAUUGGUGGUCGUCGGGCUUUUAACUACGAGUUUUAUCCCAAGACUGCUUCGGCUAAUAGAGCAUAUAGUUUACCAUUUCUUGUGCAAACAAAUGAUCCUAGAAUUGAGAAUAAUUUAUACCCUUUUGUUUUUCUUAAUGUGGAUGGGAACUUGUUCAUUUUCGCUAAUAAUCGAGCUAUCUUGUUCGAUUACACCAAGAAUGUGGUGGUGAAAAAUUACCCACAAAUACCAGGUGGCGACCCGAGAAGUUAUCCUAGUACAGGUUCUGCGGUUCUUCUUCCAUUGAAAAAUUUACAAGCAAAAGAAAUUCAAGCUGAGGUUUUGGUAUGUGGUGGAGCACCAAAAGGUUCGUUCAUUAGUGCUGAAAAUGGUAAUUUUUGGGGUGCAUUGAAUACUUGUGGGCGGAUCAUAAUAACCGAGCCGAAACCACAAUGGACUUUGGAAACCAUGCCAUUGGCUAGGACAAUGGGUGACAUGGUGAUUUUACCAAAUGGAAAUGUGUUGAUAAUUAAUGGAGCAGGCAUGGGCACUGCUGGAUGGGAGUUUGGUAGGGACCCGGUUUUAAAACCCGUUAUUUACCUACCCGACAACCCGUUUGAUUCUCGGUUCGAGAUUCAGAACCCGAGUACCAUACCCAGGAUGUACCAUUCAACUGCGGUUUUACUCAGAGAUGGUCGAGUUCUUGUUGGUGGUAGUAAUCCACAUAUAUAUUACAACUUCACUGGAGUUCUUUUCCCUACAGAAUUAAGCUUGGAGGCAUUCUCACCAUCUUAUUUGGAUUCAGGAUCCAGGUACUUGCGCCCGCGGAUCAUCUCACCCGCUUCACAAUAUACUAUCGGGUAUGGCCAACGGGUGCCGGUUCGGUUUAAGGUUUCCGGGAGGGUAAACAGAAAUUUGGUCACGGUGACAAUGGUUGCACCUGGAUUUAACACACAUUCAUUUACUAUGAACCAAAGAUUAUUGGUGCUACCAAGUGAAAAUAUGAAACUAGUUGGGGAAAAAGCUUACCAAAUAAAUGUGGUCACUCCAAAUUCAGCUAAAUUAGCUCCACCUGGAUAUUAUCUUCUCUUUGUGGUUCAUCAAGAUAUACCAAGUGAAGGAAUUUGGAUCAAAAUCCAGUGAACAUAGCAUAUUCUUGUCAAGGAUUUUUUUCUUUUGGUCUUUUUCUUGCUUCCCACACACAUACACACACAUAUAAAGAAAAAGGCAUUCAAAUUGAACUUCUUCAUAUAGGUUAUCAUUCUUAUAAUAAUGUUGACUAUAAACAUCUUCUUCUCUGUUA